UCAAGCCAAACGGCACAAAAACAACAGGAUACUAGACUUUAGGUGUGUACACUGGAAUGGAGAAAAUUACUCAAAAAGCUAGUCCUCACCACUAGAAUUUGUUUAUAUUUGGUGCAAUCUGCCUUCUAAAUGUAGCAAGACUUUCUAUAGUUGCUAAUCUAUAACUAAAUUUCAGAUCCCUGAGAUUUAGUUGUAAGCAAUGAGAUCUAUUAUUAUUAUUAGCAUGUUUCAGAUACUUGUUGCAUUUCUUGUUUUAGCGAAAGCGAAAAAUUUUAGCAAUGAGACUGACCUUUUGUCUUUGCUGGACAUAAAAGCCCAUAUAACUGCGGCUGAUAAUCUAACGCAAGUCACCAGCAAUUGGAAUGAUUCUAACCACUUCUGUCUGUGGAAGGGUAUCACCUGCAGUAGACGACAUAACAGAGUCAUAGCGUUGAAUUUGAGUUCCUCCAAUCUUGUUGGCACCAUCUCUUCCUCCAUUGGAAACCUUACUUUCCUUAGGGAACUAUACCUCUCAAACAAUGGCUUUCAUGGAGUGAUACCCUUAGAGAUUGGUCAGCUUUCUAGGCUGGAGGCCAUUGAACUUGAUGGUAACUCAUUAGAAGGGGAGAUUCCAUCAAACAUCUCUGGAUGCCAUAACCUGUCAUUCAUUAAAUUUGAAAGAAAUCUGCUUGUAGGCCAUGUUCCAUGGGAAGCUCUUGCCUCUUUAUCGCAGUUGACAUGGCUUUCUAUUGGCAACAACAACUUGACAGGGACUGUUGUUCCAGCAGGUAACUUGUCUUCAUCUAUUGAAGUUAUUCUUGUAGAUAACAACAAGUUGGAUCAAACAUUACCUGAUUCAAUUGGCCGCCUGAAGAACUUAAAAGUCCUCGACCUCAGCCUCAAUUACUUUCACGGGACAGUUCCUUUGUCCAUUUUAAAUCUUUCCUCACUCGUCAGUGUCGGUUUGUCGGGUAACAAAUUAGAGGGAAAACUUCCCAAGAAUCUAGGAUUGGCCUCUCAAAACCUUGAAUCCUUUAUUAUAUGGGGAAACAAAUUUACAGGGGCUAUUCCUCGAUCACUUUGGAAUGCCUCGAACCUUCAACAAAUAGAUUUGAGUCAAAACAUGUUCACGUCUUGGUUUUCUUAUGAGAUUGGCUUCUUGAAGGAACUUCAAUUUAUAAAUGUGCAAGAAAAUUUUCUGGGAUCUGGGGGAGAACGCGAUCUUGAUUUCAUGACAAAUUUGGUCAACUGCAGUUCUCUAAGAGUAUUAUAUCUGGCUGAAAACAAUUUUGGCGGACUAUUGCCCAAUUCCAUAGCAAACCUCUCUUCAAAUCUUCAACACCUAUUCAUUGCGUAUAACCAGAUUUCUGGAAGCAUUCCACAAGGUCUUGGUGAACUAACGCAACUGAAUCUUCUUGGUAUGUUUUAUAAUCAACUCGUUGGCCCUAUUCCUUCUUCCAUAUGUAAGCUUAAAAAUCUGCAAGAUGCUGGAUUUGGUAAGAACAUGUUGUCUGGGGAAAUCCCAUCAUGCAUUGGGAACUUGACGUCAAUAAACAAGCUUUGGCUAGAGCAAAACAAACUUGAAGGUAGCAUUCCAUCAAGCAUUGGGAAUUGCCAGAAUUUGUUAUUGCUUCAACUUUAUGGUAACAAACUCAGUGGUAACAUUCCCCGUGAACUGAUGAGUUUGUCAUCCCUCUCGAUUUCUUUGACACUUGACGGAAAUCGCUUCAAUGGUUCUAUUCCCCCAGAAAUUGGCAACUUGAGGAAAUUAGUUAAGCUAAAUCUUUCCAAUAACGAAUUAUCUGGUCCAAUCCCUAGUAGCAUAGGCGGCUGUCAAGAUCUAAUAAAACUUUAUUUGGAUCACAAUUUCUUCCAAGGAUCCAUUCCCGAGACUCUCAAGUUCUUGAGAGGCAUUGAGGUAAUCGACCUUUCCCACAACAAUCUCUCGGGUGUGAUUCCAUCUCCCCUAGGUAAGCUUCCGUUCUUGAUGAAGUUGAAUCUUUCUUUCAAUGAUCUCCAAGGAGAGAUGCCAGUGGAAGGAGUUUUCACCAAUGCAACUGGAAUUUCAGUUAUUGGGAACAACAAGCUCUGCGGAGGAUUGCCUGCACUGAAUUUGCCAAAUUGUCAUAAAAGUGAGCCUAAGAAAAAUAUAAACAUAAGUAGGCUUGUGCUUAUAGCCAUCUCUUCAUUUUGUGGCCUCUUAGGAAUAUGUUUGACUCUGUAUUGUUUGAAGUUAAAACGCAUCCCAUCUCCUCAAAUUCUAACAAUGGACAAUCUACCUGUCUCCUUCAGAGAGCUAUACAAAGCUACCAAUGGAUUUUCUCCAGAGAAUUUGAUUGGGAAAGGAGGAUAUAGUUCUGUGUACAAAGGAGUUCUUGAGAAAAGCAAAGAAACAAUCGUUGCAAUCAAGGUACUCAACCUAACAAUCAUAGGAUCAUCGAAGAGCUUCAUUGCCGAAUGCAAAGCUCUCAUAAACACAAGACAUCGAAACCUCAUCAAAGUCCUGACUUGUUGCUCGGGUGUUGAUUUUGAAGGCAAUGAUUUCAAAGCCCUUGUAUUUGAGUUCAUGCCAAAUGGGAGUCUCGACAUGUGGCUGCAUCCACUUCAAUCAAAUGCCAACUAUUUGAUUGAGGAGAUGAGAAGUUUGAGUUUCUUACAACGCCUGAACAUAGCAGUGGAUUUGGCCUAUGCUUUAGAUUAUCUUCAUAAUCAAAGCCAAACACCCAUCAUACAUUGUGAUGUAAAGCCGAGCAAUAUUCUUCUCAAUUCCGACAUGGUUGCUCAUUUGAGUGACUUUGGCUUGGCGAGGUUUUUCAAACAACUCGACAAUUCAAGUUCUUCCAGCUCCACCGGUGUUGGGCUUAAGGGAACAGUCGGUUAUGCUGCACCAGAAUAUGGAAUGGGAAGCGAAGUAUCUGCACGUGGAGAUGUAUACAGCUAUGGCAUCGUUCUGUUGGAGAUGAUUACAGGAAAAAGGCCAACGGAUGAGAUGUUCAAAACAGGCCUAAAUCUUCAUAAGCUAGUAGAAAUGGCUUUGCCUGAGCAGGAAAUGGAGAUUUUGGAUUCGGAACUUCUCUUAGAGAUGGAGAACGAGAGUAACGAUAGAAGAAGACCAAAGAAGGAGAAAUUACAUGAAUGCUCGAAGAGGAUACUGAGAAUUGGAUUAGCUUGCUCAAUGGAAACACCGAAAGAGCGAAUGGACAUUUCUGAUGCACUGAAAGAGCUUCAGUCAAUUCAAAGUGAGCUCUGAGCAUGUGUUGCGAAUAUGAGAUUAUCAUCUUCUUACUAUUUCUAUUUCUGUUUUCAAAUAAUCUAAUAGAUUGAAUGCCAAUAAAUGCAUGUAAGAAUUGGAGAGAGACGUUCAUCAAAUUCUCCGUCAAUUACAUUAACACUUACCUGAUAAUCCUU